UGCACGCUGGGGGGGUUUGAGGAGCUGCAGAGCAUGAAGGCAGAGAAGAGGGAGCUGCUGGGGCUGCCCCCCCUGCCCGAGGACAGCAUCCAGGUGAUCCGCAGCAUGCGCGCCGCCUCCCCGCCCGCCUCCGCCUCCGACCUCAUCGAGCAGCAGCAGAAACGAGGCCGGAGGGAUCACAAGGCCCUGAUCAAGCAGGACAACCUGGACGCCUUCAACGAGAGGGAUCCCUACAAAGCCGACGACUCCCGCGAGGAAGAGGAGGAGAACGAUGAUGACAACAGCCUGGAGGGAGAGACCUUCCCCCUGGAACGGGAUGAAGUGAUGCCCCCACCCAUCCAGCACCCCCCUAGUGACCGUAUCACCUGCCCCAAGGGGCUGCCCUGGGCCCCCAAGGUCCGGGAGAAGGACAUUGAGAUGUUCCUGGAGUCCAGCCGCAGCAAGUUCAUCGGCUAUCUUCUCUCCAGUGACACCAACACCGUGGUGGGUUUGCCAAGGCCCAUCCAUGAGAGCAUCCGUACCCUGAAGCAGCACAAGUACACGUCCAUCGCCGAGGUUCAGGUGCACAUGGAGGACGAGUACCUGCGCUCCCCCUUCUCUGGGGGGGAAGAAGAAGUGGAGCAAGUUCCUGCAGAGAUCCUGUACCAGGGCCUCCUGCCCAGCCUGCCACAGUACAUGAUCGCUCUGCUGAAGAUCCUCCUCGCCGCAGCCCCCACCUCCAAAGCCAAGACUGACUCCAUCAACAUCCUGGCAGAUGUCCUGCCCGAGGAGAUGCCGACCACGGUGCUGCAGAGCAUGAAGCUGGGGGUGGAUGUCAAUCGGCACAAGGAGAUCAUCGUCAAGGCCAUUUCGGCCGUGCUCCUGCUCCUGCUCAAGCACUUCAAGCUCAAUCACAUCUACCAGUUUGAGUACAUGGCCCAGCACCUGGUCUUCGCCAACUGCAUCCCGCUCAUCCUGAAGUUCUUCAACCAGAACAUCAUGUCCUACAUCACUGCCAAGAACAGCAUUUCUGUCCUGGACUACCCGUACUGCGUGGUGCACGAGCUGCCCGAGCUGACAGCAGAGAGCCUG